AUGCCCAACUACUCCGAGUCAUGUCCAACCGUGCGAUCAUUGCUCUCUGAAAUUGUAGCCGCCUCCCACUCACUCUCUGCUUCAAUCUACCAGCUGAAAUCCAGCAGUUUCGUGUAUAAUGCAGAACAACUCAGUAUUGAACUUCCACAGGUGUUCACCUCCUUGAUCUCAUUCGUCUCAAAACUCGACACGCCCACAAUGAGUGCAAAUAUGUCGACACCAUCGCGCAAAACGAGCCUAAUCUCAUCCUCGUACUCCCAAUUGCUCGCCAACCUCAACGUACUCAAUCGUGCAAUUUCUUCGUCUGUCUGA